AUGGGGAAAAAUGAUAAAAAUGACGGUAAAAAGAAAAAGACUAAGAAAAAGCGCAAAAACCACAAAGUGAAUGAACUAAUUCAGAUGAGAGAGACUAUGAUUGAAAUACAAAUUGCUGGUAAAGAGAAGUUAAUAGAAGAAACACAAGGAACUCUUCGAGAUUAUCAAGAAAAAAGUAAAAUAUUGAAAGAUAGGAAUAAAAAAUUAAAAAUAGAACAACUACACCAUAUGAAGCAGCUUUUAAAGCAGUCGAAAGAACGAGAUCUGAACUUACAAAAAGUUGAGGAAGUAGGGUAUGAGGUGGUAGAAAAAGCAUUUCAAGAUAAAUUAGCCACAGCUCGGCAAGAAGAGCGAGAUAUUGAGGAAAUGAUUGAGGAAAUUAGAAGACGGGAUGCAAUUAUUCAGUUGACACAAGCUGAAGUUGAUCAGUUAGUAGAUUAUCGGGAAUAUGGCCAGUUUGAACAUAAAAAGCAGAUAGAAAUUUUAGUUCAGGAACUAAAGGAUAUUGACAUGAAAUUCGAAGAAAUGGCAGAUCAUGCAAGAAAGGCUGUAGAAUCUGAAAAGAACGAAUUACAACGAUCAACAGAACUCCAGCUUAACAAACAGAAGGAUAUUGCAACUGAGGUUGCACUUCAAAAUAUGGAUAAAACAAAUCAUGUGGAAAUAAAAGAUAAUCAAUGGAUGAAGAAAGAGAUUGCAUUGUAUCAAGAAGAACAUGAAAAAUUGACGAGGCUAGUUGAAGAAAUAGAAAGCAAGAAUCUACAUGCAAUGGGAACGCUUUUCGAUAGCAAGGCAGCUGAUCUUAGGAUUUCCAAAAAAUUUUAUCUCAAUUUUGGUGAAAAAGACCGAACAGAUGAUCCUCAGAAUGAUCCUUACGCAUAUGGUUUAAGCGAUCAAGAUAAACUUGAAGUUGCUUUGGAUAAACUUGAUAUUGCCAAAAGAGAUUAUACGCAGCCUCAGGAAAUUUUGCAUAAUUCCUUUGAUUAUCAGCAAUUAUCAACAUUUGAUAGCGGAUCUAUAAAAGUUUCCGAUUUUCUAAGUCAAAGUGAUAAAACUCUAGGGAUAAGCGAUAGUAAAAAUAAAGUUCAAGAUACGACAGAGUUUGAAGCUGAUUUUACUGAAAGUAGCGAAGAUGACGAUGAUCCAUUUUUAGAUCUGGAAGAUGAAGAUUUCGAGGAUUACUUGCGUCUUGGGCCUAUGGAAUUGAAAUUAUUAUCGGUUAUUGGAGUGAGGAAGCCAAUUCAUAAAGUUACAAUUGAUCGUGAAGAUGAAAGUCGACCCGAAGAUGAUCUAUCAUUAAAUGCUUCUUGGCCGGUCAAUCAUAAAAUGCUGAAAGGAGUUGUAAAAUCAAAUUCCAGGAUAUCGUGA